CCAGGAGGGUAUAUAUAGGGAGGGCAAGAGCUCUGGGACAUCCUCCUGGGAAGCUUCAAUAUAGCUGUGGAAAUCUGCAGUCUACAAGAGCCUACUAUAGACAUUCUACAACCAACCAGAAUCAUGGAACAGCCAACUUCCAGCACCAACGGGGAGAAGACAAAGAGUCCCUGCAAAUCUAACAAUGAAAAUGAUGAGAUGCAAGCGGUACCAAACAGAGUCUUAGCCCCCGAACAGAGCUUGAAACAGACAAAAACAUCAGAAUAUCCAAUAAUAUUUGUGUAUUACCGCAGGAAGGGUAAGAAAAUAAAUUCAAAUCAACUGGAAAAUGACCAGUCCCAAGAGAACUCCAUCAAUCCAAUCCAAAAGGAGGAAGACGAAGGCCUAGACUUAUAUGAAGGAUCUUCAAAUGAGGAUGAAGACCUAGACUCAUCUAAAGGACCUUUAAAGGAGGACAAAGACCCAGACUCAUCUGAGGGAUCCUCACAGGAGGACGAAGACCUAGGCUUAUAUGAAGGAUCUUCACAGGACAGUGGGGAGGAUUAGUCACACAUGGAGAAACCAAACUGGACAAAUCAUCACCACUGAUGGUGAUGAUUAUAAUAAAAUCAAGUUUAAGGAGCUGA